AUGGCUCCAGCGCAUAGGUUGCUAUUCUGUGCGGCCCACGUGGUGCUGGCUUGGCGGUGUGAGCGCACCUUUCAUGUCCUCAGCCCCGAGGUCGCAGAGGCUCAGUCUCCCGAGCUGGCAGAGUGCAGAUUGCUAGAGUAUGCGGAGGUUCUACGGAGAGGCUUAGCCUCGAGCCCAUGUGCUUCCGACCUGACAGAAGCAUCUGUGCUUGUGCUUCCGGGUUACACUUUUCACAACUGCCAUUGGCCACACUACGGAGGCAACUGCGAAUCAGAAGGGACCAUCUCCCGACCCGGCAGGGAAUGCUACGAUGAGCAGACUAUGAGAGCCUACAGACGGUUUCUUGAUGCACAAGAUUUUGCUCAGAAAUCCCUAGCCAUCAUCGAUGGCUCUGGUCGUGUGCAGAGUGGCUGGCUUCCUGAUCUGAGUUUCUACAAUAACCCCAGGGUCCUUAUCCUGCGUCUUGGAGCCCCAGUCUGGUUUCACAGGCCAGGCAUUGACAUCUCUCUCCCUCCAGGGCCGCUGUCGCGAUGUGCAGGUCAAGCAGCCAUGCAUGCCAUGCGGGAAUCACUGGACGAAAAGCGCUACUUGGCCACGUUCAAGGGCAAGCUGCGGCACAACCCGGUGCGUACAACUGUAGCACAUCUGCACCACAAUGACCUGGACGUCAUCAUCGUGGAUCGGCUAGAUGACAGCUACGAUUAUGAUCAGCUUUUGUAUUCCUCCAUCUUUAGCUUGAUUCUUGAGGGAGACAUGCUCCAAACCUUCCACUUUGCAGAGGCUGUUUGCUCAGGAGGCAUUCCAGUGUUGAUUUCAAGCAAGUGGGUCCCUCCAUUGCAAGAACUAGUGCCCUUUGAAUCCUACGGGCUGCGGUUCCGCGACGAUGAAAUCCACAGCCUGAUAGUGAAGCUGCGUGCUCUGGACGGCUUAUCCAGACUAGAACUUCGACAGCGAGCAAUGGAUGCUUGCAUGUCACGCUUCAGGACUCUGGAGGUCCAAGUGGAGUCGGUGGCACAGCAACUCUCUUUGCCAAGCUUUCGCCCGGCAGCACCGUCAAAACAUCCUGCAUCUGCUGCUGACAGCCUGGGAGUGGGCAGGUGCGUGGCAGCAGCAUGGUCCUCCCCGACUCUGUUCUACAUCAUGAGCGUCACAGAGACCGAAGCGUUUGCACCCAAGCUACAAGGUUGCCUUUUGAGUAAUCUUGCAGGCUCGCUGCAUCAUGCCUUCCUUUCUCUUCGGAGGAGGUCUUCCACUUGCAUGGCCAUGCAAUUGGAGCAUGCCCACAUCGUUUUGGUGCCUGGCUACUCGGUGCUUCCUGACGUAACAAGGCCGCUAUCCUUUCCAGGCCGAUCGUGUGCACGAAGUCAGAUCUACGAAGGAUAUCGGCAGUUGCAGCUACAUGCACACCUGGACGGAAAGCUGCUGGUCCUGUCGGACAUGGGUGAUAAGGGCAUUUCACAGGACAAUACUUUCAGCUGGCUUUUGCUGGGUGCCAGGCGCAGCACGUUUCAAUAUGGAGUCGACGUCUCAAUGCCAGCUGAACCAACCCCUCGUUGUUCGGGAGAGGCUGCAUCGAAGUCCUUCCUGGAGCCUCUUGAGCACAAGCGGUUUUUGAUGAGCUUCAAGGGUAGGUUGGAACGACCCUGGGAAAAGCAAGUCGCAGCGUUGCAUGACGACCACGACGUUGUGAUAGUUGACGACGCGAAUGCGGACUAUGACGCAGAGUUCUUGUUGUGGAACUCUGUGUUUAACCUCGUCUUUGCCACAGCCAAUCAUCACAAUUCUCGUUUUAACGAGGUGGUCUGCUCAGGCGGAAUUCCAGUCGCAAUGGCAGAUGCUAGUUGGGUUCCACCCUUUGAUGGAUUCAUCCGCUUCAGCUCCUAUGGUGUCUUGGUCGAGGAUUCAGAUCCCUCAAACCUGCUGCCUCGCUUGCGUGACGUGCUCCUGAACACGGCGGAAGUUCACAUUUUGCGUGAGAAUGCACGAAAGGUGUGCGCGCGAUUUUUGCAGACUUGGGAAGUGCAGGCUGCAGCUGCCCUGGAGGCGCUGGAGACACCGAACAGAGCAGAGGAUGACAGCCUGAGCGUUGUGCUGACCCAGACUCUUUUGGACCAAGAGCAGAAUCACCUUUAUGCACUUUUUGAGACUGGAGCCUUGUUUCGAGCAGUGGCAUCCAGGGCGAGGACCUUGCAACAUCUUUGGAUGACAGUGGCUGCUGGACCGUUUGAGUACUUGGCAGCAAGCGGUGAGGCGGUCUUUGCAGUCUCCGGCCAACGAGUCUACAAGCACUUAGGACCGCUUCGCUCCGUGAGCACGGAUUCUGACUGGACCGCCGUGUCUCGCGGGCGCGUCCAGGCUCUUGCCAUGCACGAUGGUGUCAUGCUUGCUGCAGGCUUAGAUGGCAACAUUUAUCAGCAGGAUGUGAAUGCCAUGUCGAUCUACACCGACUGGGAGCUGUUGCUGGAAGGGUGGAAUUUCAGUCGCAUCGCCGUACAUGCCGGGGUGUUGUACGCGACCUCGCAGCUCCACGCAGCCAGCUCGGUGUACUCCUUGGACUUGUCGAGCCCGUCCCACGGCUGGGUGAAGGCUUCCAUCAGAUGCAUUCCGGGUGAUGUUGGGCACUUGCUGUGA